AUGACCCUUCCAAUGCCUUCCACCACCACCCCGAACCACGCCUCCUGGGUCGGCCUCCCCCGCAUCAAAGGCUCCUCCGAAAGCCUCCAAAUGGCCCUCCUAACCACCAGCAUGAUCGGCCUGGACUUCUGCUGGGGAACGGAAAUGACCUAUGCGACCCCUUAUCUCCUCUCCCUCGGUCUGAGUAAGAGUCGAUUAUCUCUUGUCUGGAUCGCGGGACCCCUGAGUGGAUUGGUGAUGCAGCCGGUCAUUGGGAUGGUGUCGGAUAAGAGUACGUUGAGAUGGGGGAGACGGCGGCCGUUCAUGGUGGUUGGAACGGUGAUGGUGGUGGUUUGUUUGUUGGUUUUGGGGUGGACGCAGGAGGUUGUCGGGCUGUUUGGGUUGGAGAGGGAGAGUAGGAGGAAGGCGGCGAUUGCUGUGGCGGUUGUGGAUAUUUAUGUUCUGGAUUUUGUGAUCAAUAUUGCUCAAUCGACUUGUCGGGCUCUUGUUGUCGAUGCACUCCCGAUCGAAAAGCAGCAGCUAGGCUCGGCCUGGGUCAGCAGGAUGUCUGGCGUCGGCAAGCUACUCAUGUACGGACUCGGUGCACUGGACUUGAAGGCAUUGACUGGCAAUUUCCUCGGCGACUCACAGUUCAAGAAGGUCUGCCUUAUAGCUGCAAUAGCGAUGGCUGUUGCGCAAGGCACGACUUGCUGGGCGGUAUCUGAGCGUGUCUACGUUGCCAACACGUAUGUCUCACAAUUAUGGCGAAAGGUUGAUCAUGAGCUGACGGAGGAUCAUAGUAAGGGCGGUGGCAAUAGUGAGAGCAUGCUACAGAUAGUACGCCAAAUCUUCACCACCACACUCCACGCACCAGAACGAAUCAACGCGAUAUGUAUGGUGCAGUUCUGGGCCUGGAUCGGCUGGUUCCCUUUCCUCUUCUACGGCAGCACAUGGGUCGGCGAGAUCUAUCUGCGCCACGAAGCGCCAAAUGCUACAGGCGACGCCCUGACCAACGUCGGCCGGAUAGGCAGUACAGCCUUCAUCGUCUUCGCCAUCAUCUGCUUCGCUGCCUCGAUCGUCCUACCCUGGCUAGUCCAGUCGCCAGAUGAAGACAACGGCUAUACACCACGGCCACCCGAGAACCUACAUACCGUACUAUCGACUCUGAAGAAGUCCAAACCAACCCUUCUCACAGCCUGGAUGCUAGCGAACCUCAUCUUCGCCGCUUCGAUGAUCUUCGCCCCUUUCGUCCGAUCCGUGGGCUUUGCUACUGUCGUCAUUGCACUCUGCGGCAUACCGUAUGCAGUCGGCAACUGGGCACCAGGCACAUUCCUCGGAGUCGAAGUAAACAAAAUGAGCUCGACACUCCCACUAGCCAACAGCAUGAACGGAGGAACAUACCGCCGCCUCUCCAACGACUCCAUCGAAAUGAACACCCCCCCAUCCCCGCACUCCUCCCAACGCUCCUCCCCACGAACCCUCCACCUCCGCCACGCCUCCAACGCUUCAAUCGUAGACAACACGUCCACCGGCGAGCUGUCAGGAAUCUACCUCGGUAUCCUAAACAUCUACACCACGCUCCCCCAAUUCGUCGGGACGGCGAUUAGUUGGGUGGUGUUUUCCAUUCUGGAGCCGGGCAAGAGUCCCGAGUUGGCUACUGAGGCGCCCGUGGAGGAACAUCAUGGGACGGACGGGGUGAGUGGGAUUGCGGUUUGUUUGUUUAUCGGGGCGAUUAGUGCGCUGGUGGCUGCGUGGGCUACUAGGUGGUUGAAGCUGGCUGGGUAG